AUGGAGCUCCGUUUCCGGGGCAAGAAGAGCGCGGAGAGCGCGGACGCUGUCGAUUUCUGGCUCUGCGAAGGUCUUACAAAACGCCGCGUCAAGGGCUCCAAGACGCAGUCGCUCACGUCCGCAGCUGUCCAAUGGGACCUGUCCCAUGUACUCGCUACCAACGAGAUGCACUUUCUGAACGAGUCCACGGGACUUGAAGUGCCCCAAGACGAAGCGAUGGGCGCGUUCGUCGCGGACCGAGAAGUCGUGCGGCUCUGCUCGACCGAGCAGCUCCACGCGUUGCAGGAGAAGUUUGCGACACGCGAUCAAGAAGUGGACGAGGAGAUGAUGCAGUCCAAGGCCAAGACGUCCAUGGGCGCAGCUCUGUCAAAGCUCAAGAAGAUUGGAGCGAAGAACCCGACGUUCAUGAAGCUGCAGAAGACGCUGGACGAACACACGCAUCACCACGGAGCUGCAAAAGCAGAUCGAGUUGAUCCAAUGGACCAGUUUCCAGACGUAGAUCCGAUCUUUGAGAGCGACGAGAUUGAAGAGAUUAGUGCAGAAGAAGGCAAGAAUCCACGGACAUGUGACAUGUGCGAAGUAUCGUGGCCAGACGAUGCGUCCAGCAGUAUGUAUCGGCUAAAGACGAUGGGCAUUGUCACGCAUCACGGAUGCGCACAGUUUACCGCUGACGUGCUCUCUGGACACCCAGAAAUCACAUCACGUGACGCGUUUUUAGCUCUGUCUAAGACUCCCGUGUCUGGAUUGAACAAACCUGGUACUUUUCACAUCACAGUGCAUCGUGCAAUGGAACUACCUGGGAUCCAGCUGAUUGGAACGCAGGCGCCUUAUGCAAGACUGUCGCUGCUCCCUUGGAAGGAACCGAUGCAGACCAAACCGGUUGAAAAUGGCGGCCGGAACCCUGUGUGGGUUAACAGCCACGACAAUGCGAUGCAGUUUUCACACAUGUAUAAUAGUACGAUCACGCCGAUUCCGCUACUGGACGUCGAGGUCUACAACUACAACUACCUUGCUGACGAUCAGAUUGCUUGCACAUUGGUGGACAUGAGUCCGCUGCUCCGGUACCCGAAUAUUGAGGCGAAGAGGUGGUUUACCAUGUCUUCUCGUUCCUUGCUUACACAUAGCACAGGAAAGCCGAAAAUCAUGCUUGCGAUCAAAUUUGUACCAACGGAACGAGAUACAAACUCGUCAAACGCACACAAGUUCCGUGUCCACCAACUCAAAUCCAUUGGGCUCGCCAUACCUGUUUGCGCUGUUUGCAACCGGUCCAUUAUGAAUGCAUUGAAAAAUGUUUGGGGCUACCGAUGUGAGCUUUGUGGAAUUGACGUUCAUAAGGGUUGCAUAAUGAAGGCGGCGGUUCAGUGCGAAUGCGUCGCACAAGAACUAUUAAGCGCUGGGCGGGAGAAACGGGAGCGUCGAGGCGUCACUUUUCGCGUAUUAAACGAUAGUGUGCUACGUCCAGCGGGAGAACUGUUCGUGAACUUCCGUGGCUUGCACUUGUGCACGAAACACUGCCGAGACAAUUUUCACGCGAAAAACAUUUUUGUAGGAGACACGUACUGCCGCCUUAGCUUUGACGGCAUUGUGCACGAAACCAGCCCUGUACUGAAAAGUGCCGAUCCUAUGUAUAUGGAGACUUUGUGCUUCAAGGUCCGGCAUCCAAACUCGGUCUUCCGCAUCGAUGUGAUUGAUUUCAGUACGGAUCAGUGCAUCGGACAAUUUGGUAUAUCCCUCUUCCAGCUGCUCCAGCGUGACGCUGAUAACUUCGUUCGAACAAACCCGAUAUUGGCCAGCUUGCGCGAUCAUCUACGCUACUUGAGCCUGAAUAACGCAAUGAACCAAGCGGCCAUCAACGAUUCGUGGGCGGCACUGCCAAUUCUUACGGACGAAGAACGGUGCAAAUUAUCAUCGCCCCAGGGAUCUAAGCUCCGACCGGGCGAAGAAAUCGGGUUUGCACUUGUUGAUCUCGAAUAUGUGGAGCAUAAAAAGGAUUUGCUUCGUGUACGUGCGAACAAUAGCUCGUAUCUUCUCGAACGUGAGGAAAAAGAGUUUUCCGUCGAGUCAUUGCGGAAUACAGUUGAUCGACUUGGUCGUGCAGUGAAGAUUUUCCAAGGGAUUGAUGCCGAGUAUGCGAGCGUGAUUUCUUGGAAAAACAAGAAAAAAUCCGCAGUGUGCUUUUUUUUGUUCGUGUAUGGAUGUGUAGUUGCUGACUUCGAGUAUGCGCUAUUCUACGUCUUUGGAGCUGUCCUGGUGUACAUGCUGUAUCGACUGCACGUUCGACUCGAGGGUGCCUAUGCUGCACGCUGGAUUGGCUACGAGGAGUAUGAACUCGAACAAGAGGAGCAACAAAAGCUAUAUCGGCCGCUUGCUGACUUGCACGUUGCGGUGCACGAAGCACAUCUUUCUGAUGAGACAGAUAAUCUUCUCAUUGAAUCGCAAGCGCGCACGAAGGAUUUUUCGCUGUCGAAGCUUGGCUACUAUGUCCUGAUCAAGUAUCGACCCAAUGACAAGCAGUGCGGGACGGGGGACAUAGCGCUGAUUCCUUCUGGCUACGAUGAGACAACUGUCGCCUGGACGGAUGUCGUGGGUAGAAGUCAGCAUCCAGUUUGGCGCAAGAAUUCGCUGCUAUCGGCUGGCACCGUACUUGCUGCAAAACUUCGGAAAACGUCACCAUUUCGAAACUUCAACGUGUCGUGGUGCCAUGAUCCUAAGACGUGCACUUGUGGACAAUGCUCUACAUAUCGGCAAAGCUUGGAAGAGACGGUUCCAGCAUCCGCUACCGUCACUAGUUGUGGCGUCGAUCACCACGCUUACUAUUUUCCGAUUCCACAAGCAUCUCGUAAGAACUGUUCUGGACGUGAUGAUUUGGUGCCAUGGACGUCGUUCCCCGGUCUCCUACAAUUUGAUUUGUGCAUUUCCUCUAGUGGGGAAGCAAAAGAAACACCAGACCUGGUUGCUGCAACAACGACGAUUCCUCUCCGAAGUCUUCUGGAGCGGGAUGGCAAUUCGAUUGAGCUACAACUUCCAUUAUCUUCCAUUCCUGUGCCAAAAUCCGAUGAAAAUUUACCAGAUCUUGUAACCGAGAGCGUAGGAAAGCAAGAUGGCGAUUAUUUGGUUGCACGCGUCGGCUUUCAAAUUCCAACAGAAAGCUCGACGUCAUCGAGUGGCAAAGGUUUGCUGAACGAAACGUGUCAACGGGAGACGGGGCUGGUUGAACCAAACGCGGUGCAAAAAAAGCGACUUGACGGUCAUGUGGAGCGUAAUUUUUCUGAAUUUGUGUGUGAAAACAUCGUGCAAAAGGAGAAAUCGAAUGUCAUCGGUGCAAAUCUCUUCGAUGCUUUCUGGAAGGUAAAAGACACUGUCAAACAGCUCCAAACUGAGAUUGGUCGUGCAUGUGGAGCAUUAGCAUGCGCUGAGAAUCUUUUGAAUUGGACGCAUCCGUGGAAAACUGCUACUGCCUUUGCUGUAGUAGCUGCGAUGGCGCUCGUGUUCUCCGUGGUUCGUGGUCGCUGGGCAAUUCUCAUUUUUGGUCUGACAGAAUUCGGUGCUGUGUUUGUGGACGAUGCCCCGGCCAGCAAGCGUGUCAAGAAGAUUCUUUGGAACUACUUGUCUUCGCUUCCUACUGACCAAGACCUAAUCGAGCUGUACGAACCCGAGCGUGCCGUUUACUUAGAAAGGCGCCAAGCACAACUAGAAGAGGAUAAAGAAAUUGCGGCCCGCCUUCGUUACCACGCAUCAUGGAUUGGAACCGUUUCCACUAAAGCAGAGAGCGAUCGUAGCGCAAAGACUUGUUUCCUGGUUUAUCGUCCGUUCCGCUUUUUGCUGUGGAAAAGCGAAGAGGAUGCUGAGGAAGGGUCUCAACCAUAUUUACAGCUGGUGUUCGAUAAGCCACAAGCUAUCACUGACGGUCGCAAUGAAAAAGUGUUUGCAUUUACCGUAUCAGGGGUAAACGGCAACGGAGACGAAGAAACCCGUGUGUUUAUGCUGGAAUCGCUGGAAAGCAAAGAUGCUCUUCUGAAAACAGUUUGUCAGAGCUGCAACAUGUAG